AUGAAGGCAGAGAAGGAGGCUCCUUCAAAAGCUAAAAUAAUAUCCCAGAUUUUAAUGCUCAUGUGUCUCGGUUCCUUCGAUUCAGGUGGGGUACUGGCAGUGAAUAUGACCAUCCCCAACACUCUCAUUAGAGGUGCAGUAGGGGGGGAGGCCCUGCUGUCCGUCAGCUAUAGUAGCUUCAGCCUUGACCUGCCGGUCAUCAAGUGGCAGCUCAAGAGAGAAAAGUCUGUCACCGUCGUCCAGUCCAUUGGAACCGACAUCAUUGGGACCUUGAGGCCCGAGUAUCGCGACCGCAUCCUGGUAUUUGAAAAUGGGACUCUGCUUCUCCACAACCUCCGACUCUCUGAUGACGGAACGUAUGACGUGGAGAUCUCCAUCACAGAUGACACCUUCACAGGAGAGGGCAGCAUCACGCUCACUGUGGAUGAGUCGAUAUCCAGGCCCUAUAUCCACAUGGAAGCUUCAUCGGUACUGGAGCGCAGCGAAAACGUCAUCCUCAACUGCUCCCAUGAGAAUGGAACCAGGACCGCGUACAGGUGGUUCAAAGGUGGACAGCCACUGACCAAUGUGACGAGGUUCACGUUGUCACCUGACCAGAAGCUCUUGACCAUCGCGCGGGUGUUGAUGGCAGACGACGACAUCUACAGCUGCGCAGUGGAGAAUCCUCUGGGCAUUAUGACAAGCCUGCCAAUCAGACUGACCGUCUACAGAAGAAGUUCCCUCUAUAUCAUCCUUUCCACUGGGGGCAUAUUCUUCCUCAUCACCUUGGUGACAGUAUGUGCCUGCUGGACGCCUUCCAAAAAGCGAAGACAUCCAGCUACAAAGCCUCUCUCCAGCAUUUAUGACCCAUUUGAUUGCUCGCCAAUCAAUCAAACAGCUGAUGUGCUUCCAAAAAGGACCGAGCAUAAUGGAGUAAAUGCUGUAACUUCCCUUUACAUCCUGCAGCAAAAGGAUCCCUCAAUGGAUGACUCUUCCAGCAACAGCAUUGGAUCUCCUUCUGAACUUGACAACCCUCCGUGCUACACCAGUUACCCCAACUACACCGAAUCUUUCACCCAGUCUAAUGGGUCCCCUGCCCACUCGUCCCACAGCCUCGUUCCAGAGCCAGCGACGUCCAGUCACCAGCAGAGGAGAAAGCACCUCCUCCCAAUCGUUUUCCCCGCGGGCAUUUUCACCGGGUACUCCGGGUCACUCCGCGCCGGUAACAAACCGAUCGGCACCAUGCAGCAUCCGGCUAAACUCCGGCAACCAUCCAUGCACGCACUAGGGCGGAUAUCCUCAAACUCCUGCCGCAACAGCAUUUCCCGCGGCCCGGCUUGUGCCAGCGGCCCCGCGCGCUCCGCAUUCAUUUCAAUUCAAGCAUUCAUCAUUCAAGGUAAAUACAUCAAUCAGCACGUCGCACCCGGAUCUUCUCCUCGAUCAUAUAAAUGUGGUCAGACGCUAGUUUUAGCCGCUGCCCAGACCGUAACAAUCUCUCGGUUCGACAGGUGA